AUGGCUUCUUCACACCUCCCUCCUACCCCAGCCUCAUCGACGGACAUCCGGGGCAAGGAGAAGCUUGUGCCUCUUGCUCCAGCUUGCAACCUCCCUCCCUCGGCCUAUGUGGAUGGCAGUGAUAGAGCCACCUCGUCACCUCUCUCAAGUCAUGGUUCUGAUUCAUCGUAUCACCCUCAUUCACCCGUGUCUCUGAACAAUGGAAGACGUAAGUCUACUGCUGCUCAGUCAAGCUCGGCCAAAGCAGACGACACAUUCGCUCUUCCUCCACCGCCAACUCGCAAUCGCAAGAUCAUCCAGAUGAAGCCAAAGACUACCGCUGGCGAGAAGCAGCCGGACCCGGAAGUUGAGGCAGCACCGGCAAAGGCCACUGGCGGUAGAAAGAAGGGUGCCAAUGCAAACAGCACAGCCGCUAGCCGUAAAGUAGCUCGCAAAACAGCACACAGCUUGAUCGAAAGGCGACGACGCUCCAAGAUGAAUGAGGAAUUUGGUGUCUUGAAGGACAUGAUUCCUGCCUGUCAAGGUCAAGAGAUGCACAAGUUGGCAAUCCUCCAGGCAAGCAUCGAGUAUCUUCGCUACCUCGAGCGUUGCAUCACCGACCUCAAAGCCGACAACACAGCCGCGAGACAGGGCUCAACAUCGCAGCCUGCCGUGUCUGCUGUACCUACACCACAACCCACUGCUGUCGUUGACCAGCCCAUGGAGCAAGAGGAAGAUGAUGACCAGGAAAUGUCGGACACAAACCAUUCCACCGGUGCUUCAACACCAAAUGGCCCACUCCUUUCACACACACAAUCUCGGGAAUCCAUCCCAUCUCUAUCCUCUCUGCCCUCCAUGUCUCAUUACGGAUACAAAUCGCCUGCCAUCGCACCAUCUGAUGCCUCUUCUUCUCGACACUACAGCAUCUCGUCUGCUUCUGCUCCUUCGUUUUCUCCUUACAUACACUCACAACAAGCAUCACCCUUCUUCGCUCCGACUGCUGGUCAACACGAGCCUGCGCCUUUCGCACUCACGAGCCCUGCACUACGAGCGCAAGACUCAUCCAUGCACCAAAGACCAGGAGUUGCGGGUGAGGAUGCAAGACUUCGCGACCGCAGAGAGAAGGAUUUGGACCGUGAAGCAAUGGCUGCUCUGUUGAUGUUGAACUCGGAUAGGAGAACUUUCAAAGACAAGUCUGGCCGUGGUAUGAGUGUGCAAGAUCUGCUGAGCAAUUGA